GUGUUGCUCUUUGCAUCCAAAAUAAUGCAGAAAACGUACACCCGUUGUGGGUUCUUGUCUUGUCAACCUUCAACACCAAGAAUCUCUCUCCAUCAAAUUCAAGCCUUUCCUCUAUUAAAUACAUUCAUUCAUCUUGGUUAUGGGCCAUCUCCCCUUCUCCCAUUAAUACAAUUGUAUAAUUCAUUCCAUUCUACCCCUAUAUACAAAUACAUAUUCCUCUAUGUACACCCUCAUUGCCAAAUUCUUUCUCUCUCUCUGUCUCUGUUCUGAAAAUUCUCUCCGCUCCUUCAAGCAAAGCUAAGUGUAGCUUUUUCUCUCUCCACCUUUCCUUUAUUCUCUCUCUCUCUCUCUCUCUCUCCCUCUCUCUGCCUUUUUGGUUUCUGGGUUUCUGUGUUCAUAUAGAGAUCUGCUUCAAAAUGGGGUUUUCAAGAAGUAGUUGCACUAACUCUGGAGAGCCUCUUCACAAUCAAAUUGCCCCAAGUACUACUUCCUCUCUACCCACUGAUCAGUAUUGCGACUACGAUGACUUGAAAUUCAAGACUCUCUUGUCCAAGAUGGUUUGGGAAUUUGGGUUGUCCUGUUUUCUUCCUUCUCUCCCCCGAGGCAAAAAUCAGAGGGAGAGAGAGAAGAAGAAGAAGAACAGCAACAAUUCAGACCACAACAAGGCUUGGUUGCUUGCUGAGUCUGGUGGGUGUGGAGGCGCUGAGUUGACGAGCUCUGACCCACAAUCAGUUCACUCCUCUUUCAGGUUCAGUUUCUGCUCCCAAGUGGAACUUGAAUCCAUGAAUGUGGCCAAUCCUUCUCCUGCAACUGUUCUCAUGGUGAAUUUGGACAAUGGGUUAACUGACUCUCGCGCUCGAGAGCUCAAAUGGCGAAGAAUUGAAUCGCUUGAGAGGAGUAUCUCUCCGGUGGCCCAUACCUUGAUUAGAUUUAGCUAUGCCGAAAUCCUCUCUGCCACUCGCAAAUUUUCCAAAGGCAGAGUUUUGGGUAGAGGUGCACUGAGCUGUGUUUUUAGAGGGAGAGUUGGGUUUUUGAGGACCACGGUAGCGAUUAAGCGGCUGGAUAAGGAGGACAAGGAGUCUUCAAAGGCAUUUUGUAGAGAACUGAUGAUUGCUAGUUCACUCCAUAACCCAAAUAUUGUCCCUCUUGUGGGUUUUUGUAUUGAUCCUGAAGAAGGUUUGUUUUUGGUCUACAAAUAUGUAUCCGGUGGAAGCUUAGAGCGGUAUUUGCAUGAGAGGAAGAGGGGAGUGAAGGGUGGUCCAUCACUACCAUGGUCUGUGAGGUAUAAGGUAGCUGUUGGAAUUGGAGAGGCAAUCGGAUAUUUGCACAAUGGAACCGAUAGAUGUGUUGUUCACAGAGACAUUAAACCCUCUAACAUACUCUUAUCUUCGAAUAAAACACCAAAGGUAUGUGACUUUGGAUUAGCGACAUGGACCCCUGCACCUUCGAUACCUUUCCUUUGUAAAACUGUGAAAGGAACAUUUGGUUACUUGGCCCCAGAAUAUUUCCAGCACGGGAAAGUAUCUGAUAAAACCGAUGUUUAUGCUUUUGGGGUUGUCCUCUUGGAACUGAUAAGUGGACGGAAGCCAAUCGAAGCAAAGAGGGGACCAGGGGAAGAAAACUUGGUUGUGUGGGCAAAGCCACUGUUGGAGCAAGGAGCCAUUGAAAGGUUGCUCGAUCCACGGCUCAAGUACACUCCAAAGAACUCAAACCAGAUAGCCCGGAUGGUUCGAGCCACAGCUGCCUGCACAAACAGCGAAGAAUCACGGAGGCCAGGCAUCGAUGAGAUUAUUGCAAUACUAAGAGGAGUAGAACCUAACUGCUGUAGCAGGAAGAAUUUCAGUUUUCCUGGUGGUGGUAGUGUUACUGAUUGUUAUUCGCAAUUACAACAGACAAGAAGCGAGAUGAAGAGUCAUUUAGCCUUGGCAAUGCUAGGUGUUUCAGAGUUUGAGGACGAUGAUCACCUGUACUGCCGUUGAGACAUAAACACGUUGAACAACGAUCAGAUUUCCCCGCUUAUCCAAGUUUUAUUGUGUUGCUUGCGUAGAAAGUGUGUGGUAAGUCUAGGACUCCCGACUGUGUUGAAAUUGUAUAUAAAAAGAGUGUCUCAUGAACGAUUUUAUGUGUACAGAUUGUUUAUUUCUCAUCCUUUCUUUUGGAGAAAAGGAUGAAAUAGAAAUUUUCUUUCUUUUGUUGACAAUGGUGAUCUUCUCUGCCUUCUCCAAGGCAGGGUGGUUGCACCAUCUAAUUUGAGUAUUGAAUUUUCUGAGUUAGUUAUUUUCCUCAA